AUGAUAGAUAUGUACUAUAAGAAAUGCUUAAAACGUCAGCACUGGACGAUCCUAAAGCGGGAACUCAUCAAUUUCUUCCAGGAAAGGGAGAGAUGCACAGAAGUCACUUUAAAUGCUCUUGAAUGGCCAAAAUUCAUUCGUAGAGAAGUACUAUGGAGCGAAGGAUUAAUCCCUGCCCUAAUUUCUGGUCAUGGCCCUUCGCAUAAAAUAUGUCUUAGAAGGGAACAUAUUUACCCGUUAGCAUUUGAAGAAGAACAUGGCCAUUUGAGCCAUUUGUUCACCGGAAGACUUUAUAAUCUACGUCUUGGUGGAAAUGUUAUAAAGUGUAUAAUAUCGCAUGUACAAGCAGAUCCUGUUGAAAAAUCGCUAUAUUUUUUGAAGUUCAAGAGGCAUAUUGAGGGGGAAAUUAGUGAAGUUGAUAUACCCUGUACACUAAUUGGUCUAAUGGCAUCUCCAGCAUACCUAAAGGGCUAUCACAUCGAAUUGAUGAUGCCCACAGUAAAGUGCGAAGUUGCAGGUGCUACUAUACCUCCUCCCUUUAAAAUAGAUGUUUCUAACCUUGAUUACAAAGAACCAUUUAGUUCCAUAUAUCUCGAAGAUAUACUACAUCUACUUCCCAAGGAUGAAAGUGUUUUAUUCCAUAGAUCAUAUGAUAUAGAGAAGCAAGAAGUUGUAUGUGCAUAUUUACCGGGUACAUUGCCAGAAGAGCCACUUCCAAGUGACUAUGUGGACCCGAACUUCCUCAACAAAAAAGGGCGACGCAUUCAUUUAACAUACAAAGGAUUCUGGCCAAAGCAAUAA